AUGGCAGCGAAUUGGCGGCAGCAGAAGGAGGAGCGGGAGCGGUUGGCCAGGGAGCGUGAAGAAGAGGAGCGUCGCAAGAAGGAGCAAAAGAUAAAGCAGCUGCUUCUUCACGCCCCCACCCCCUCCGGCAAAACCUCCUCCCCUCACCUUUCUUCUUCUUCCUCGUCCCCUGCCACUGCCCAGCCACUGCCCCAGAGCGCUGAACCCGAAAACGCGGCAGCCCAUCACCCACCGGUGAAGAAUGACGCGGACGAACCCAACGUUUUGGCGGUGGCUGCGGCGGAGGUGGGCAGCGGCGGGUGGACCAAGCCCGUGGCCGCCCAGUCAUCCGGCCCAGACACCCACCGCGCCAAGCCCUCCUUCCUUGGCCAGGAGAGAGGACACCAUCAACAUCAACAGCAGCUCGUAGUGGAGGCAAAUGAGGUGGAAACGAUCGAGGCGUUGAGGGCGCAGCUGGCCAAGCGGGACGAAGAGGUGCGGAUGCUCAAGGAGGCCUACAAGGAGCGGAUGCGGGAGAAGGAGGAGGAGUUCAAGCAGCGGUGGGCGGCGCAGAACGAGGCCGAGGCGCUGGCGCACAAGCUCAACGAGGCCGAGAGCCGGGCCAAGGCCCAGGAGGCCGAGGCCAAGCGGCUGCGUGAGCAGGUUCACCAGCUCGAGCUCCUCGUCCGGUCCCUCAAGAAGGACAAGAAGCACCACAACAAGGCGCCACGCAAACACAUCAACAAGCACCAUCACACCAACACCACCGAUGACGACACGCACAGGGAGGAGAUGGUGGGCAAGAAGGUGAUCGCGCUGUACAAUUUCAAGGGCAACGAGGCCGACGGCGAGCUGUCGUUCGUGGAGGGCGACGUGAUCGAGGUGCGGGCGCGGGUCAACGAGGGCUGGUGGGAGGGCCGGCUCACCAACGGCGACCUCGGGAUCUUCCCCUUCAACUACGUCCAGCCGCUGGUCAUCUUCUCAUCGCAGUCCUCCACCAGCGCUGCCGCCGCUGCCAGCCGCGUCGAGCACAGCGAGGCCCUCGACGACCACCAUCACCGUCAUGGCCAACAUCAUCAUCACCACCAUCUUGAGGAGGGUGAAGAUGAAGAUGAUGAUGAAGACGAUAGCGAGGAGGAUGUGGCGCCGGCCCACCCGAAGAUGUCGACGCUCGAGAAGGCGGCCUACGCGAAGAAGAAGAUCGAAGAGAAGUACAAGGAGCUCUCCAAGUCGCUGCUCGGCCCCACCCCCGCCGAGAUGGAGAAGGCAGUCGAUGAUCAUCACCAGCGCGCGCACACCGGGCCUGAAGCCGAUGCGGCGACCGCCAACGAUCAUGAAGAGGCAGAUGCACCAGUUGAGGUGAUGACCGCCGAAGCCUAUACAGGGAACACGGAGGGGAAGGAGGAGAAAGCGGAGGAGCUGCAGAGCGGCGUGGCACUGUUCUACUUCGAGGCUCAGAACGAGGGCGAGUUGAGCUUCAAGAAGGGCGACCACGUCCUCGUUUUGCCGCUGGCGGACCCCCAGCAACACGGCCAGCAGCCCGAUGGCAAUGGCGAGUGGCGCUACGGCUAUGUUGGCGACCACGAGGGCCACUUCCCCACCAGCUAUGUCUCAAUCUCUGCCACCCACACCAGGGACUGA